AAAAGGAGCUAAGUGACAUCUCUCGUGUUCAUCAUCGGCAAGCAUGGCGGCAACCGUGGCAGUGAAGGAUGUUAAUACUUUUCUCAGUCAAAACCAAAAUGUUGCGGAUAAGGAAUUGGCCGCGGAGUGGGCACAGCUCGAGGAGUUACAUAGCAAACGGCUUUGGCAUCAGCUGACGCUGAAAUUGGAGACGUUUGUGAAGAAUCCGGUGCUACAGCAGGGAGAUAAUCUUGUGCAGUUGUAUGUUAACUUUCUAUCAACUUUCGAAAACAAGAUAAAUCCAUUAUCAUUAGUGGAGAUACUGGCACAUGUAAUACAACAAUAUCAAGAUAAGCAGGAAGCAAUUAAAUUCUUGGAAAAAACAGAGACCAAAGUCCAGAGUAACAAUGAAGCUAUUGCUUUAUGUAAAGUUCUCAAGGGACAGAUUCUUUUGGAUAAACUGAACAAUCAAGAGCAAGCGAAGAAAAUCAUAGAGGAAGUUGAAGCUAUGUUAGAUAACGCCGAUGGUGUUACGACGGUUCACGGACGAUUUUACCUUCUCGCCAGCCGAUUAUAUAGACUACAAGGCAAACAUGCAGAAUAUUAUCGUACAGCAUUAAGAUAUCUAGGUUGCAUCGAAUUAAACAGCUUGAGCAGACAAGAACAAGAACAGCAUGCCUUCUUCCUCGGACUCGCGGCACUCUUAGGUGAAGGAGUCUACAAUCUUGGAGAAUUAUUGGCGCAUCCUGUUUUGGAGUCAUUAAAAGGCACGCCGAACAACUGGCUCGUCGAUCUGUUACAGGCCUUCAAUGCUGGCGAUAUCGUCGCGUUGGAAAGAUUGAAACCACAAUGGAGUAAAGUGGCUGAUCUGGCGGCACAAGAAUUAAAAUUGAGACAAAAAAUCUCGUUGUUGUGUCUCAUGGAAAUGACUUUCAAGCGGCAAGCCAAUAAUCGGCAAUUGACGUUUGCGGAAAUCUCGCAAGAAACGCGCCUGCCUCUUGGUGAAGUAGAAUUGCUAGUGAUGAAAGCUCUUGCUCAGGGCCUCGUGCGAGGUGCCAUAGAUCAAGUGGCAGGCACUGUUAAUAUGACUUGGGUACAACCGCGUGUUCUGGAUCGUAGUCAGAUCGCCGGAAUGGUACAACGCCUCGAUGGAUGGUGCAAGGAUGUUAGUUCGAUGGAAAAACUUUUGGAAUCAAGGGCCUCUGAAAUCCUUACUCUCUGAAAAUGCAGGCCAUCUUCGACUUAUCCGUUUGUUAUGUUGGUUCGCGUACUUGCAAUUAUAAAAUCAGUUUUUUAAUAUGUCGUCAAUAAAUAUGAACAAUUAUUUCUUA